CAGAGGCUGCGGCUCGGCUGAGGUGUCUGCGCAAUGGCUUCGCUGUGUCAACAUUACCUGCGAUGUGUGUCGCCGUGAGCGAGGAGUGCGUCCUGCCGCCGGCUACGUGUCACUGUGUGCAGCGGCCGAGUCACCGUGAGGAUGCCGAACACUGUGCUGUGGGCCGUGGAUAUUUGGGGAAAGGUCUACACUCUGUCUACAGACGGACAGCACUGGGAGGCGUGCAAAGAUGGCCAACUGGAGUUCAAACGUCUGUCUGCUGUUUGGCAGGGCUGCUGGGGGAUUGCCUGCAACCACCAAAUAUAUGUCUAUGUGCAUUCCAGCGACCUUCCCAUCCGAUACCAAGAAGAAACCUACGAGAACCAGCGUUGGAAUCCAGUGGACGGAUUUUGCGAGAAGCUGCUUCCCAGUGACCGCUGGCAGUGGAGCGACGUCACCGGCUCGAAGCACCAGCAGCUGGACAGUUUUGAGCUUCCGUCACCCCACUGGGAGUGGGAAGCGGAUUGGUAUGUGGAUGAGAACUUCGGAGGAGAGCCCACAGAAAAAGGGGGAUGGACAUAUGCUAUAGACUUCCCAGCAACAUACACAAAGGAUAAAAAGUGGAAUUCUUGUGUGCGUCGUAGGAGGUGGAUCCGAUACAGGAGAUACAAGUCAAGAAAUAGCUGGGCAAAGAUACCAUCCCAUGAAGACAACAAAAAGUUGCCAGACCCAUUUAAUGACAUUUCAGUUGGCGGGUGGGAAAUCACAGAUGAACCUGUUGGCCGCCUGUCAGUAUGGACUGUUUCUUUACAGGGAAAGGUGUGGUAUAGAGAAGAUGUUUGCCACGAUAACCCAGAGGGUUCCUCCUGGGCCGAAGUAGACACACCAAGUGAGGUCAUACAGAUCAGUUGUGGUCCGUAUGAUCUUCUGUGGGCUUCCCUCUGGGAAGGUCAAGCCAUAGUACGGGAAGGUAUCAGCAGGAAUAACCCAAAAGGAAGUUCUUGGACCAUCGUCGAAGCUCCAACUCCUGAUGAUGGCAUCAUGCAUGUGUCAGUUGGUGUAAACGUGGUGUGGGCUGUGACCAAGAACCACAAAGUGUGGUUUAGACGAGGAGUGAAUUCCCACAACCCAUGUGGCACCAGCUGGAUCGAGAUGGUAGGAGAAAUGUCAACACUGAGCGUAGGAUUAAACGACCAGGUCUGGGGUAUUGGAUACGAGGACCGCGCAGUUUAUUUCCGUCAAGGGGUAACUCCGAGUGAGCUCAGCGGGAAGACAUGGAAAGCCAUUGUGGUACCCACUGGAAAUGAAAAGUCAAACACAGGAAGUGCUUCUAGCCUCGUCAGUGCAGGGUGUUUCUUUGGAGAUGAAGUGAAGGAACACUCCGAUUCACCUGCUCAGUCCGAUCUAGACAGCUCCUCAGAGGCGGAUCAUCCAGUUGCAAAAGAAGACCACCCCUGUACCUCCUCAUCAGUAAUGGCUAAAGUUGGUGAGCAUUCUGAAGAUCAGGCUGGCGAGCAAGAUGUAGUUACAGAGGUGGACCCUCAACAACCGUCUAGCCCAAGCAUUGAAAAGGUCUCUGAUGAAGCAUCUGUACACCCAAGGAACUCUGGGCUGAAGCGGGGAACGCCUCAUUGGACCAGCAUCGAUUUGGUUGAGGCGCGCGUGAACCCAUUCCAGACUGAUGAAAUUGCCCACCUGCCACUGCUUGGGACUUUCACUGAAGGAGCAGAGGAAACCUUUGGGAGUGAUACAUACGCUUUGUGGUCCUGGGUGUCUGGGGGUGGUUGUCUUGUUGAUAUACCUACCACCCUGAAGUGGUUCACUCGACAGACAGGCUUAUUGGCGUCCAUGCAAUCUAUGUCUUUGUCCAUUACCCCGUCUCACACUGCGGCCUGGAGGAAACAGAUAUUUGAGCAGCUCAGUGAACGCUCCAAAAGAGAACUUGAUAGUUUCCGCCACUAUGAACAAGCUGUGGAGCAGUCUGUGUGGGUUAAAAAUGGAACUCUACAGUGGUGGAGAGACUGGAAGCCAUACAGGUGGAUUGAUGUCCGUGUGGCUCUUGAACAGUUCACCGGUGUUGAUGGCUCCCGAGACAGCAUCCUCUUUAUAUACUAUACACACUAUGAAGAGAAAAAGUACAUUCACGUGUUCCUUAAUGAAGUGACAAUUUUGGUGCCUGUACUAAGUGAGAAUAAACACACUUUUGCCAUUUAUACUCCUGAAAGAACAAAGCAAAGGUGGCCCGUUCGAUUGGCAGCUGCCACGGAAGAAGAGAUGCAUGACUGGCUUGUCCUCUUAAAUAUGGCCUGCUGUGAGAGCAGAAAAGUACAGGGUCCUGCAUCUAACCAAGCUAUCUGGUCUGUAACUUGCAAAGGAGACAUAUUUGUGAGUGAGCCAACUGCAGAAUUGGAGUCUCACGUGAACCAAAGGUCAUGUGACCAAAUGUUUUGGCGUCAAAUCGGAGGUCAUCUCAGAAUGGUGGAAAGUAGCAGCAGUGGAGUACUGUGGGGCAUCGGCUACGAUCAUACAGCUUGGGUUUAUACUGGAGGAUUUGGAGGAGGGUUCCUACAAGGGUAUGUCAGCAGCACGGAAAAUAUAUUUCCACAGACUGAUACAAAAUGCGUGUAUAUCUAUGAAAACCAGAGGUGGAAUCCUAUUACCGGAUACAGCAGUAUCGGACUUCCAACUGAUCGAUACAUGUGGAGUGACGCAACCGGGUUGCAGGAGUGCACUAAAGUUGGUACAAAGCCUCCUUCCCCACACUGGACUUGGGUCUCAGAUUGGUAUGUAGACUUUAACAUUUCUGGUGGGACAGAUCGAGAGGGGUGGCAGUAUGCGGCAGACUUUCCAGCAUCAUACCACGGAUACAAGACCAUGAAGGAUUUUGUGAGACGAAGACGCUGGGCAAGGAAAUGUAAAAUUGUUACGAGCGGGCCUUGGCUGGAGGUUCCUCCCAUCCCCUUGCGGGACAUUUCUAUAUCAUCGAGCAGGGAAACGGAAACGGAAUCGAUAGCUCUGUGGGCAAUCAGCAACAAAGGAGAUGUUUUGUGCAGGCUUGGGGUUACAAAGCAAUGCCCGGAGGGUUCCUCAUGGCUCCAUGUGGGCACAGACCAGCCUUUCAUCUCAAUAUCGGUAGGAGGAUGUCUGCAAGUCUGGGCAAUCGCCAGGGACGGAUCCGCAUUCUACAGGGGUUCAGUGUCCGCCAAACAACCUGCUGGGGACAGCUGGUACCACAUACCCUCGCCCAAAAAGCAGAAGCUGCAGCAGGUCUCCGUAGGACAGACGUCAGUGUUUGCUGUGGAUGAAAAUGGUAAUUUGUGGUUUAGACAGGGGAUUACCCCAAGCUACCCUCAAGGCUCUGCAUGGGAACACGUGUCCAACAAUAUUCGUAAGGUGUCGGUGGGACCCAUUGAUCAGGUUUGGGUGAUUGCAGACAAAGUGCAGGGUUCUCGCAGUCUGAGCUGUGGAACGGUUUGUCGGCGGCUAGGGGUGCAUCCAAUGGAACUUAAGGGACACACAUGGGACUAUGGAAUCGGGGGCGGCUGGGAACAUGUCACCGUAAGAGGGAACAUGGCGCAUAGCAGCAUUCAGCCAGAGAAAGACAUCGGUCAGUCUGCGGAUCCACCUGAUGAACAACCGGGAGAAAAUCAUUCCUCGUUAACAGCCAGCUGCUAGAUGCCUGCGCGUCCAGUACAAUCUCAGUUUAAAUGCUAAAAUAUAUGGCGGUUAAAUAGCCAUGGUCAAAAAUGUUAGUUAUUGGCAAAACCUGUUUAUUUAUAGGACGUUUCAUAUAAAAUCAGACUGUGUCAAAAAAUGUAGCCGUCAAAUCAGUAUACUGUGAAAUCUUGGUCUGUAGAAGCUCUUUCUGCCCCGGUGAACUGAUUUUGGAUUAUGUAGCAUGAAAACCUCCGGG